GCUAGUCUCGGAUGUUUCAUAUUUCUUGUGUAGACAUGUUAAAAUUACAUACGAUAAUACCCACGUGUCAAAAAAUGUACAAAUUACUGCCUUCUUUUAUGUAACUAAAAUUAGUAAAUAUGGUGAUAAACAUAGUGUUAAAGGUUAGUUGUAAUAUUAAAUAAUUUGUGAAUAUUUGCAAGUAAGUUGUAAAAAUGUUGAGGCGGCGUCACGUUAAUGUUAAGACCGUUAAGGAACUGGAUGCAUUCCCAAAAGUUCCUGAGGUAUAUGUUGACAAAACUGCAGUUGGAGGAACAUUUUCUAUUUUUACAGUUCUUAUUAUUAUGUAUUUGGUAAUAGCUGAAACAAGCUAUUAUCUUGAUAGUAGAUUACAAUUUACAUUUGAGCCAGAUACUGACAUUGAUGCAAAACUCCAAAUCAAUAUUGAUGUAACAGUAGCAAUGCCUUGUGGUCGUAUCGGUGCUGAUGUUUUAGAUUCUACAAAUCAACAUAUGAUAGAUUUUGAUUCUUUGACCGAAGAGGAUACAUGGUGGGAAUUAACGCAAGAACAAAGAACACAUUUUGAAGCUUUGAAGCAUAUGAAUUCUUAUUUAAGGGAAGAAUAUCAUGCUAUUCAUGAAUUGCUUUGGAAGUCCAAUCAGGUUACUCUGUAUAGUGAAAUGCCAAAGCGAUCAUAUGUACCAGAUUAUGCACCAAAUGCCUGCCGUGUUCAUGGUAGUCUGAAUAUUAACAAAGUAGCCGGUAAUUUUCAUAUAACUGCAGGAAAAUCAUUGUCUGUGCCACAUGGUCAUAUACAUAUUUCUGCAUUUAUGACGGAUCGAGAUUAUAAUUUUACUCACAGAAUCAAUAAAUUUUCUUUUGGUGGACCUAGUCCGGGAAUUGUGCAUCCUCUUGAAGGUGAUGAGAAGAUCGCAGAUAAUAAUAUGAUGCUGUAUCAAUAUUUUGUUGAAGUUGUCCCUACAGAUAUUAGGACGUUACUAACAACAUCUAAAACAUACCAAUAUAGUGUCAAAGAUCAUCAGAGGCCAAUUGAUCAUCAUAAAGGAUCUCAUGGAAUACCUGGAAUUUUCUUCAAAUAUGAUAUGAGUGCACUCAAGAUCAAAGUGACACAGGAACGUGAUACAGUUUUUCAGUUUUUAGUGAAAUUAUGUGCCACUGUAGGUGGUAUUUUCGUUACAAGUGGCUUGGUUAAAAACGUCGUACAAAGCUUCUGGUAUAUUGUAAGCUGCAAAUUUUUUAGUUUAGAGAGGAAAUCCGAUAAUCAUGGAUCUGUCUCAUCACAUUCCACGAAUUAUCGGUCGCCUAAUACUAUAAACUUACUUGACGUUACAGCUCCUCAAAGUAUUGAUAUCAUGCAACCUCAAUAAAAAUUUGUAUAUUAAGUAUUUAUAUUUUAUAUAUUUUUCUUAUGAGGUAAUAUUUAUGAUGUAAAUUUAUGAGGUUUAUCGUAUAAUGAGGUAAUAUUAUGGUAUGAUUGAAAAUGUUUAAAUAAGUAACGACAUAUACAUUUAAUGAUAUAAUUCAGACAAAAUCAAUAUAAAGAAGUCAAUGUCUUUAUGACAUCUUUUAGAUAUAUCUUUUAGACAUAUAUAUGUCCUAAUAUAUAUGUCUUUAUAACGUAUAUCUUUCAGACAUGUAUAUUGUCUGGAUUUCCAGAUGACAUACAUCCAAAAAGGAGAUGUAAGGAUUUUAUGAAACAUGAUAUGAGGACAUCUUUAUAUGAUGUCUGAAUGACAUCUUGAUUAUGUUUUCGGAGUGUCGAUUGUAUGUUUUGAAAUGAGGAAAAUUAUAAAAAGUGAAAAUUCACUAAAUAUUUAUAUAUAAUUGGUUAACACACGUAGUGAAUUUCCUCACUUUGGAAAUUUUCACUUCAUUUCAAGAUACACAAACCUCCAGAAGCGCAUUUAUAUUUCUAUUAAGAAUGCUUUCCGAAUAUUAUGUCAGUCUUAACAUUCAAUAAACAAAGGACAAAAUGAUUCCUGGGUGGCACUCUGAUGGGAAUCUGAAUACAGCUCUGGACUUAUACACGUUUUGGACGUAUUGUUCUCUGGCAAGUUUCUAUUAAUUCUAUAUGUAAAUAUACUUAUUGUUAUAUAAGCAUUUAUAAACGCUUGAUAUAAUAAAUUACAAUUAUAGUCGUACUUAUGACAUGAA